UUUGUCUUUAUGUAGGAUGGGAAAGGUCCGCGCUUGCUACUCGCUCGAUCACUCACCUGCUUCUGCAGACUGAUUCUUGUCUGGAUGCCAUUUCAACGACAGCUUCCUGAAUGCCCUCGUGAUGUCCUUCUGGGAUGCUCCGAUAUCCAACUCAAGGACUUUAUAUGGAUCCAGAGCGAGCUCUUCAUCGUUGAGCAAAGGGGCCAUGUUGGCCAGGUCGGCGUACGAGCCCAGCGAGAUCAAUGGCUUGCAGAUCGAGUAGAGUGUGGAAGGUAGCUGCGGGUCGAGCUACGACGACACGACAAGUGUCGGUUCACCGUCCAAUAUAGAAGAAGUAACUUGAAAAACAACAGAAAUGAAAAAAAGUCAAAUC